AUGAAUAAAGAAGCCUAUGAAAAGUAAGCUUAACUCAGCUUGUACAUUGCUAUAAAAGCUCAAAAUGACAAACUUCGCCAAGAGUAUAAAUCAACCAAGCAAGCUUUUCUUGAAAUUCAAACCAAGCUUAAACACCAAGAAAGACACCAAUUGAGGAUCCCUACUAGCAGAGACCUUACUCCUAAAGCGAAAGGAAGACUAAUUGAUAAUGCUCACCGACAAAUUGAAAUUUAUGAAAAAGACUUUCAAAUGCUUUCACACAAAUUAAAGCAUUUUUCCACAGAAGAAGUUGAAAAAUUGGAAGAUAUUGUUAAAAGCAAAGAGGAUCGAUUUAAAGAGCUCGCCGAUAUUAAUAAAAAUUUAAAAUCACAAGAAGUGAAAACUCGAGUUACAGAGUCGAUGAGUAAAAAAGAAAUUAUGAGACUUGAAAAAGAAUGCCAACAAAAGAAAUUGGACUAUAUGAAUUGAAUUAAAACUUUAGAAUAUAAAUUAUUGGAAAAUGCAAAAUUUUUUAUGUUUAUGUUUAUCGAAUUUCUCUAGCACAACAGUGCCUUUAAGUCUUCUUUACUUGAGAUCCAGCUACGAUAGAAGCUCUGAACAACGGUAGGUGGACCGGCCUAACCGUCGAACCUUUAAAGUUAUUAAGCUCUUUCAGACUUCUCUAGUCCGUGCCAGCCUCAGCACAGACCUCUUCUCUUCAAGCCGAGACUCUCAAGAAGCUUGGACUUCUCUCACUAAGCUCGGAUUGUAGUGCUAGCCUUAUGAAAAGGAUAGGACGUACCCCGAAUUGCGAUUUUAAAUAUGGUAAAUGCAAAAUUAAUUAAAGAAAGCGGCCAAAGAUUAAGGGAUCUCACAAGUAAAUAUUAUGAUCUUAAAAUGCAUAAUCGCAGUGCAAGCGUAAGUCCUACAGUUUCUGUUAAAAAUCGAAGCUUAGAAAGACUUGUUAAUAGGACAAUUAUUGAAUCAAAUAAUUCGAAAUUUUCCAGCAACCAAAAAAUCAAAGAGCUUGAGUUGGAUUUAAAGCAAUUGCAAGAGCAUGAAGCAAAUUUGGCUCAAAAAGUCAAAGAUAAAGAACAAGAAUGUAAAUUAUUGGCAAUAAAACUGCAAGAAACUCAAGAAAUGAGGUCAUAUACACCUAUCCCUGAUCUUCACACUCCUGAUAUAUCUGUAAUAUAUUCCCCUUCUGCGAAUUCUCUUACUCCCCAUCAGUGAUCGAGGCAAAAACAUUGGAAAAAUACCUGUAUUUUGCCAAAAAAUCACUCUCUAUGAGCGAACAAAAAAUUUUGAUAUAUAAGUGAUAAUUAGUUAAUGAAAUCUCUAGCCAAUACUUUUUAAAUUUUAACAAAUUUGCAUUUUAAAGCAUAAAUUUUACAAAUUAAAUUAAUAUUUGCUUUCCAAUUUUUGCGAUUUUUUUAAUUUAGCUAUGAAUUUGCAUAUAAAUUUUUAAAAAAAAAAAUUACCCCAGCAAACAAGAUGCUUUUGUCCGCUCACAGAGGGGGGAAAUAAUUAA